AUGGCGGCUUGUCAGAGACGACUGGUGUCCUGUGAUGAAAAACAAAGGAUUGUGUGCCCUCACCAAGAGGGCAAGUCAAAUUCUGUGAUAGCAACUACUGUAGGAAGGUCUAGAAGUGUUGUACAACGAAUUGUAACUCGUUUUAAGUCAUCAGGAUUGAUAGAUGCUAAACCUAAAACCGGUAGACCUCGUAAAGCCUCACCAAGACGGGAUCGUAUUAUAGUUAGAAUGUCACUGAAGGAAGAUGGGUUUAGGAGUGCUGCUGAGAUAUCCCGCGAAUUUAGCUCCACUUCCAAUGUCAACGUAUCGCGCAAAACUGUUUCUUGA